UCAUCGUUAAUCUAUUAGUAUUGUUCUUGACUAGAAGAUGUUACAUACAUCUGCAUGGAAACAAAGUCAAAAGAACUGAAGCUACUGCCGCAGUCCUCUUUUCCAUAAUAAAUCUUAGAUUUAAAGUGCCCUGAAGUCCACAUCAACAAUAUGAUGCUGCUUCAAACAGUGUUACGAGGUACUGCGUGCGUCCGGCACACAGCGCCUUCGGCGGUCGCUCGGGGUCUGCAAACCUCGUUGGUUGUUCGGAGUGACAAACUCUUCGUGCACAGAGAUGACAAAAAGAAUAAUCCUGAUAUGAAAUUUGAAUUCACGCCCGAAAACCUUAAGCGAGCUCAGGCCAUUGUUAAUAUAUACCCGGAAGGUUACUCUAACGCUGCAGUGAUUCCGCUAUUGGAUCUUGCUCAACGGCAGUUUGGUUGGUUGCCUAUCUCAGCUAUGAACUACGUCGCCGACUACUUGAAAAUGCCUAGAAUGCGUGUGUAUGAAGUAGCUACAUUUUACACAAUGUUCAACAGGGAUCCGAUGGGAAAGUACCACAUACAGGUGUGCACAACCACUCCAUGCAUGCUUCGCGGCGCUGAGGACAUACAGGCGCACAUCGAGCAAAAACUUAACAUUAGGAACGGUGAAACUACCAAAGACGGUCUAUUUACUCUUAGUGUCGUCGAGUGUUUGGGAGCCUGCGUGAACGCGCCUAUGAUUCAGGUGAAUGAUGAUUAUUAUGAGGAUUUGACCAAUAAAGACGUGGACCACAUUAUAGAUGAAAUUAAAGCUGGCCGAAAGCCCAAGAUCGGCCCGUAUAAUGGCCGAAAAGCAAGUGAACCUGCCGGUGGUCUGACUAGCCUGAAGGAACCUCCAAAGGGACCAGGUUUCAAGGUUCGCGCUGACCUUUAGUGAGGAAUUAAACCCCUUAAUUGUCAAUACAGGUAGUGUGAAAAAAAUAAUGGAGUGGUUACUAUGUGAACGCUUUAGUUUAGUUGCGCGAAAAGUCGAAAGACCUAAUUUCGAGUUGAAUGCAUAUUCAGUCAAAAUAAUCUUCUCGAUGUUCCAUUUCGGCCACUUAAUACACCAACGAACUACUGCAUCAACGGUAGAAUCAACGGGGAAUACUGUAACAAAACAUCUACGUUGAAUUUUUCAAUUUCAAUAAAACAAGUAAAAAGAAAACCUAAGGCAAUUAUUCUUCGAAAGUAUUUUGAUUCGAAUGUUACAUAACCAGUGCCACAGGGCAUUACCACUAAUCUUUACGCAAUGCGAGCUUUUUGCUCUAACGUUGCAAAGGCUGCAAUUUUUCAAUGUAGAAUCGGCUAUAAUGCGCUUGUGACACGGCAGAAAUCCAUUUUAAAUCUAUCAGUAGAAAGUAAAGCCUAUACUGAGAUUCAUGCUAGUAACAGAACGGUGAAUUGAAACUAAUGCUUUCAUUUUUGUUAAAGUAUCCGAGAGCUUUUUGUUAACAUCGCACCCGAGACCUCGUAAUUGUGAAUCCGACGCCGUAUCUAUCCUGUCACCGGAAAAGCAACUACAUAACAAAAAAUCGUUUAAUAAACACAGGCAAC